GAAACACAUCUAGAAUUCAAGCAAAAUGUCCCUCGCCUCAACAGCCCACGGAACCAUCUCCACCUUUUUUUCCAACUUGUUCAUCUCCCUCCCCUACCCCAACACCUCCUUCGAGAACCAAACCAUCAUCGUGACGGGCUCCAACACCGGUCUCGGCUUCGAAGCCAGUCGUCACCUCGUCCGUCUCGGCGUCCACAAAUUAAUCAUGGCAGUACGCAAUCUCGAAAAGGGCGAAAAAGCAAAACGCGAAAUCCUCACUUCCACAAAUCGCCCAGAUGACUCUAUCGAAGUCUGGAACCUAGACAUGGAUAGCUACGAGUCCGUCAAGAAGUUCGCUGUGCGGAUUUCUACUUCCCUAGACCGGUUGGAUGGAGUCCUCGCCAACGCAGGUAUCAUGACUACUGAAUUCCGCAUGAGUGAAGAUAACGAGAGGACCAUUACCGUGAACGUGGUCGCGACGUUCUUGCUCAUUUUGCUCCUUCUACCGAAACUGCACGAGUCAGCUGAGAAAUACAAGAUCAAUCCUCGGAUCGUGAUUGUCAAUUCGGCAUUACAUUACGUGGCGUCUACUAAGGAACUUGAUCCGAAUGAUAAUAAUAAUAACGAGAUAUUUUCGCGGUUGAAUAAUCCCAAAACGGCAGAUAUGAGCAGUCGGUACGCGGUGUCGAAACUACUUGUGCUUUACGCAGUUCGUGAAUUGGCCGAGAGGCUCAAGGCCAGGAAGCCAUUGGUGGUCAUCAAUACGCCGAAUCCGAGCUUCUGCAAGUCUGGCCUUAUGGGUAAUGAUGUAUCAUUUGGGGAAAGAACAGCGGAGAAAUUACUCGCGCGGUCUACGGAAAUGGGUAGUCGAGCGCUGGUUCAUGCGUUGAGCUCGGGGGUGGAGAGUCAUGGAGAGUAUUUGACGAAUUGUCAUGUUCAGCAGCCAUCAUGCCUGGUGACAGACGCGAAGGGAGUGCAGAUACAGAAGAAGUUCUGGAAAGAACUGGUUCAGAAGCUAGAGAAAGUUGCGCCGGGAAUUGAGUCGAAUAUUUGAUUUCGAUUAGACUGCAUUGUAGUCUUUUUUGUAUAUAUUGCGGUUGCGUUGCUGGAUAUUCGGCCUUUUACUUGUACUGUAUGUACAAUAAUUUCGUAUUGGUAUCUGUACUCAAGAUCUUUCUGUUAGUUUGUACAUAUAUUUAUGAUCCCUGACGCUUGCCAUGAGUAGAAAG